UCAGUUCUAAAGUUCUAAAGACUUUUUCAGAGUUAUUCAAAGAAAAGUCCGAAAAAUUUCCACCAGGGUUCACAUCUAUGGAGGGUAGAGGUACAACUACCCUCCAUACUACUCUCAGUUCUUCUAGUUCCUGCCAUCUUAUCGUUGAUACGUAGUAAAACUAAAUAUCUAGCUCUUCUACCACGUGUUUCUUUGAAAAAAAUAAUCAAGGAAAAAUUGUGUUAGUAUAAAAAGUGUUGAGUUUAAAAAUGCCACUACAAAAAAUAGAACGAAACGUUCAUAAAUCAUAUCAUACAUGGGUACUUGAAAAUAUAAGUGAAAUAUUCUCAAAAGUAGAUCGGUCCAAUUUUCCAAAGUUUUCUUUUCAUAAGACUCACUCCUUUUCUACAGAAUUUCAAGGUCAUGCCGUUGACUGGUACGUCACAUUGAAAUUUGGUAAUGAUGAAUUGAAGUGUGGAUUCAUGAUAGAAUUCAACGUUGUUAAAGGAUUUGAACCUAAGAAUCAUGUCACCUGUAAUUUUUACCUGGUCGACGCCGACAAAAAUAAGUUUUUUCUUGGACGAAAGAACCGGAAACUUGAUCACUCUACGAAUUUUUAUUCUCCUUUAAUGGGUUCGAGCGCUUUCACUCAUUGCUGCGGCUUACCAAACACAAUAGAUAAAUUAUUACCAAACGAUGCCAUGACACUGGAGAUCGAACUCAUAACUUACUUGGAUGAUGAUCCUAUAUUUCUUUACGAGGAUAUGAUUUAUGACUAUGAACGAGAUCUCAAUUUAUCAGAUGAUUUCUUGAAGUUAUAUAAAUUUCAAGAUGAUGGUGAUGUUAUGAUUUAUGUGCAGGAUGUUAAAUUUCCAGUAUACAAAAGAGUAUUGAAAGCACGGUGUCCUAAAUUAUAUGAAAUGGUUGAUUAUCAUCAACAAAUGUCUGAUGGCAAUGAUAACCAAGUAGCUCUUAGGGACAUAGAGCCAGAGAUAUUUAAAAGAGUUUUAGAAUUUAUCUACACUGGGAAAGUUGAGGACUUGGAUGAUCAUGCAGAAGAUGUGCUAAAAGCUGCGUCACAAUUAAAAUUAAAAAGACUGAUAAAAUUGUGUGAAUUCUCCAUCAUGGAGCACUAUCUUACCUACGAAAAUUCUUAUGAGGUUGAAAAAUUGGCUAAUAGUUUUGGUGCCACUCGAUUAAGCAUGAACGCCUAUAUCUUCCGAGAAAAUACACGCUCCCAAAAAGAGGCCAAACAACGUUAUUUAGAAAAGGGUAAACAGGCGGGAAAUAUGAUUGUAGUAGAAUAGAUUGUCUUUGCAUCACUAGAUUGCAAUCUAUUUAUUCAUCGCGGCAAGAUUUUUCUUCAUAAAAUUUAAUAUUUGAUAAAUAAAUUUGUUUUUGGUACUGAAAUCCAGGUUGCAUUUUCCCACUUUUGUUAAAACUUCCAAUAAGAAGCUUAAGGAUUUCCUUUAUUCAAAUUUACAAUUCAAAUUUCUAUUUAAUAUGUACAAAGAAUUUUAAUUUCAGUCUUUAAUCGAUGUAAAGUAUAAAAUUUGUAAUUUUUCAUUAAACAGGAAGUUGUAAAAAUAUAUGAAA